UGGAAAUCGACACACAGCUCUAGGGUAGGCUACGGACCAGUGUCAUGAUGGCUCUAGUGGAGGUACAUGGCUCGUGUAGUAAACUCGGUGGAACCACAGAAAAAAGUUGUUCGGCACUCUGCGCUGCGACAGCAUUGUUCUCAGCUCAACGCUACGAUCCUCGACGUUCGACCGACCGACGAGACCUCAAUUCCUAGGAGACCAAGUCGACAACGAAGCCGUAACGAGCCAAUUCGAAACUCCGAGGUCGCUACAUCCCGCUCGCCCACCAUGUCACAAGACGAAGCGCACCCGUUGCCCCCGCGCAAUCCCUUCAUCCACAACUCCGCCAUUGCGGGCGCCAUCAUUGCGCCCAUCGUGAUGGCACUGCCGCCCCGAAAGAUGGAUAUCCGAUUCUUCGUCCUUGCUGGCGCCUUCUCCCUGUCCACUAACCAGCUUGCCUACGAAUAUACGGGUCAAUCCAUCUACGGCCGGUUUGGCAGCCGCAUGGGCUCCAUUGUCGGCACGGAGCUCCCCGAGGGCGCCAAGCGAACACAGCAGCUCCUACGAGAGCAUCGCGAGCGCGAGGCCGCGGAGAAGAAGAGGGCUGCGGAUGAGAAACAGGGUCUGGCAAAGGUGCUCAACGAUACCUGGAUGGGCGGCGAGAGCGAGGAUUGGCGAGAGAAGCGGGCAGAGGAGCACCGCAAGAAGUUCGAGGAGGGCAAGGGCUUUGGGGACAUCAUCAUGGACCAGGUGUCGGAUGUGUGGAACGGCAACUGGGGCAGCGGCGACAAGAAAAAGAAUGGUGAGGCGAGCUCGAACAGCGACGAGAAGAAGUGAACGAAACGAAAGCCCGAGGAUUAAAACCACCAACAUAGAGACAGGGAUACCGGCACCAGCGAAGGGCCGGCCAAACGCUGCUAUGUGUAC